AUGUUUGACCUUCUACCAUUAUGUGUGGUGCUCCUUAUCUUCUUCCUGGUCGGAAGAUGGAUUAUACGGAGUCGGAAACUGGGAGACUUGUCCGGUCGGUAUGUGUUUAUAACCGGCUGUGAUACAGGAUUCGGAAACAUGCUUGCCAAGAGAUUGGAUUCUUUAGGUAUGAAUGUAUUCGCUGGUUGUCUCACACAAAAAGGACAACAAGAUUUAGACAAGGCAACAUCGAAACGUCUCGUUACGAUUGCACUAGACGUUACCAGUGAAGAAAGUAUCCUCAAAGCAUAUAAUGAAGUUAGACAGAAGCUUCCAAAUGGCAAAGGUCUUUGGGGCCUCGUCAACAACGCAGGAAUUGCCGGGAAUGCUUCACCGGUGGAAUGGCAGACCGUCGACAACUACCGGAAAUGCAAUGACGUAAAUCUGUACGGAAUGAUCCACGUCACUACAAUGUUUCUACCAAUAGUGAGAAAGGCUAAAGGUCGUAUAGUUAACAUCACGAGCGUCAUGGGGAGAGUUGCACUCGUAACUGGCCCUUAUGUGGUUUCUAAAUACGGAGCGGAGGGAUUUUGUGAUUGUCUGAGAUACCAGUUAUAUAACUGUGGUGUAACUGUUCACAUUGUCGAGCCUGGAUUCUUCAACACCGGUAUUGUCAACAACGCUAACAUCGAGGCGAGCAUGAAGACGUCUUUCGAAGCACUCGACAAAGAGCAAAAGGAAUUUUAUGGCGAAAACUAUAUUCCUGAAAUGAUGGUGAACGCAAACAAGAGUAUUGGUGCCGCUAUGUCCCCUGAUAUAUACAAAGUGGUGGAUGCCUUUACGCAUGCGCUGAUUGCGGCGUAUCCCCGUACAAGAUACGUCGUUGGAUUAGACGCAAAUGUCGUGUUCCGGUUGAUAUGGAGCCUACCCGAGUGGAUAGGAGACCGACUAGUUGCUGCCUUGGUGAACUAUCCUGUACCCGCGGGAUGUCAAAAGCAUUAA